GGCGGGCGCGUGCGUUAUUUAGAAUCCCACUCGUGUUCUAGGCAGGGCAGCUAAUGUGUAUCCAGUCAGGCUUUCCCGUGGGGAGGCGUAACGUUAAUACAAAAAAACCCCAAAAACUCAUUCUUUUGUAAAGCCUUUUUUUUUUUUUAAUAUUUUAAAUCUACUGUUUAAGCGUCUCUUGUCGCAAAGAAGGUGUCGGUGAGCGUGAGUCGAUUUAACGCUAAACGAGCGUUCCUCUCCAACGAUGACAGGGUACAAAGUGCGAACAGCAAUCAUUUAAAAGUCACAUAUCCGGGAACGCGUUUGCUUCAACCGGAUAGCUAGCUCGCUCGGGGCUCGACGCGACGGAGAGGGACUCCUCGGCGAGCGAGCGACGCUACUGCUAGCUUGCUGCUGACAUGAUGUUUCCUCAAUCCAGGCACUCGCAGGCGUCGGCUCAGUCCGGACAAGCUCUCAAGUUCACCACCUCUGACUCAUGUGAUCGCAUCAAAGAUGAGUUCCAGUUCCUUCAAGCACAAUACCACAGUCUCAAGUUGGAAUGUGACAAGCUGGCGUCGGAAAAGUCUGAGAUGCAGCGUCACUACAUCAUGUAUUACGAAAUGUCAUACGGAUUGAACAUUGAAAUGCACAAACAGGCAGAAAUAGUCAAGAGACUUAACGGCAUUUGCGCUCAGGUGCUGCCAUACCUGUCGCAGGAGCACCAGCAGCAAGUCAUGGGCGCCAUCGAGAGAGCCAAGCAGGUCACGCCCCCUGAGAUGAACUCCAUCAUACGGCAACAGCUCCAGGUGCAGCACCUGUCCCAGCUCCAGGGCCUGGCUCUCCCGGUGGCUCCUCUCCCUCUGGGCCUGACUCCGCCCAGCCUGCCGGCCGCCUCGUCCGGCUCGGGCCUGCUGUCUCUGUCCUCCAUCCUGGCCAACUACUCCCACGGCCAGGCCGCCCAAGCCGCCAAGGACGAGAAGGUCCGCGGGGACGCCGCCCAGGCCCAAGCCCAAGCCGACAGGCCGCCGCCCAGGCCCGACGACGGCGACAAGUCCGACUAGACGACGGCAGGUAAAGGCUGGAAAACGAAGGCGGCGGAAGAACGCAGACUGUUUGUUCUCAUUCGACAUAAUGUGUACAUAUUCACGCUUGUAAUGUACAAGUGUAAAAACGAAAAAAUAAAGCGUAGAAGGGUAAAUGUUACUUUUUACUUUCAUUCCUCCUUCACCUGUAACGGCAUAAAUCAAAGUGGAGUCCGCUCGCCUCUAAUGACACGCUUAACGGAGACAAACCAACUAACCCUUUGUCACUUUUGACGAAACACCAUUUUUUUCCUGUUCCUUUUGCAAGUGGCUGACCAACCACUGGCCUGUCCGCGUACCUCAAUCCCAUCCAAAGACAUUUGAGUCCAUUCAAACAUUUAUCUGAAAAAGAAGAAAUUAACUCUUGUGCGGGCACACUACAGUAGACGGCGCGACUGUGUGACUGAGUUGGUGGAUGAGUCUGCAUGUGUGUUGGAAAGUUAGUUUGACGGUGUUUGAGAAAAGUGUGUGUGUGUCCGCACGUGCGUGGUAGAGGUGUGUGUGCAAGCGAGAGAAAGUGAAAGUCUGAGUAUGCGAGCACACGUGUUUGUAAAAAUGAAAACAUUUUUGGUUUCUUCUCUUUUUGCACCUUUUUGUCUAUGUCCGUAUGCUCGCUGCAGCCCCUCCCUCCCACCCGCCUGUUGGCCCACUCUUCAUCAGGCAAACUUGAAAUGGAGUUUUCAAAAAAUUGUCGUAUUACAUUUUGAGUCUUGUCAAAUUGAACAUUUUCACAUCAAAUAAGUCAAAUAUGCAAGGCUUGUCUGUCGCCAUUGUGGAGGUAGAACUGACGUCUCCACUUUGGGCCAACAGGGGGCGGCGGAUGAACUGUCAUUGGCUUUUGGAAUGAUGUCACACUGAGUUCAGCGAGCUUUGACUUAAAAACACUUGGGAAGCUUUAAAAAAAAAAAAAAAAAAACACUUAUACAUUUUUUUUUAAUUUAGUUUUUAUUUUGUGUAUUUUUCAUUUUACUGUAUUUUUAAUUCUAUUUUUAGUAUUUUAUUUUGUAUAUUUUUUUCCGUAAAAGCACUUAAGUGUCGUCUGUGUGUUCUGAUAACGUUAAUGAUAGUAAUAAUCAUCUUUUGUGUGCGUUUGUUUACUGUGAAGGGCCAAUUUGUAUACAUAUGAAUAUAUCAAUAUACAUAUUUUUAAAGCAUUUUUUGUACGUUCCAAAGCUGCUUUUUAACAUGUGUAUCAUGAAGAGCAAGUGUGUGUGUGUGUGUGUGUGUGUGUGUGUACGCGCGCGCAUCAUUCUUUUCUUUUUUCUUUUGUCCAAGUUCUGCAAGUCGUUUUCUCACUUUGUGAUUUUUUUUUUAAUCCUCUUGUGCAAAAUUAGUGGAAAACAACAAACCAUGUCUAAGUGAAUAUUUGAAAGAAAGCAAGAGUGUACUACGCUAACAAAGACAAGAAGGAAUGCAUGGCGCUUUUAGCAGUAAGGGAGCUUUUCUGGUGCCUUACAAAUAAAUGUGAUUGGAACACUC